AUUUAGAAAAAUAAAAUAAAAGAAAAGAGAAAAAGAGAAAUCCCAAAUUGCCGUCGCCUUCUUCGCGCUAGGGCUCACCGCUGCGCCCAUCUUCUUCUCUCGCGUCCAGCUCGCACCAGGUGGUAAAUAUAUCGACUUUCUACUUAAUCGGGCAUCAUGAUCGUGAGAAAUCGCUGCCAUGAUAGGCCAUUUUUCAGGUUAAUGUUAUUUGGCAGGCUGCAUAGUUCAGUGCAAGAUUCAUCCGAUGUAACAAAAAGGGUGUGCAAGAUCAUGAUGUCCUGCCCAAAACAAGGCCUCGACACUGUGCUUGAUCAAAGCGGUAUCCGUGUUUCCGAAGAGGUAGCUGAGAAGGUCCUUGAACGGUUCGAGAAUGCCGGGAUGCUAGCUCACCGGUUCUUUGAGUGGGCCGGGAAGCAGAGAAACUAUGAGCACACUGUCCGAGCCUACCACACCAUGAUUGAAUCAAUGGCGAAGAUAAGGCAGUACGAGAUCAUGUGGGAUCUCGUGAACGCCAUGAGGGGCAAAGGGAUGCUGAACAUCGAGACAUUCUGCAUCAUCAUGAGGAAGUACGCGCGGGCACAGAAGGUGGAUGAGGCUGUCUACACAUUCAACAUCAUGAAGAAGUACAACGUGCCUCCCAAUCUGGCUGCGUUCAAUGGCUUGCUCAGCGCCUUGUGCAAGUCAAAGAAUGUGAGGAAAGCUCAGGAGAUUUUUGAUACGAUGAAGAAUGACCAGUUCUGUCCUGAUCCGAAGAGUUACAGCAUUUUGAUUGAAGGAUGGGGGAGGGCUCCCAAUUUGCCUAAGGCCAGAGAGAUCUUCAAUGAGAUGGUUGAUUCUGGCUGCAAACCGGAUAUCGUCACGUAUGGGAUAAUGGUCGACAUCCUCUGCAAGGCGGGGCACACAGACGAAGCAGUUGGAGUUGUGAAUGAGAUGGAGUUGAGAGGCUGUCAGCCAACAUCUUUUAUCUAUAGUGUUCUGAUACAUACAUAUGGGAUUGAGAAUAGGAUUGAGGAUGGCAUUGAUACAUUCCUUCAAAUGGAGAGAAACGGGGUGAAGGCCGAUGUGGCUGUGUAUAAUUCCUUGAUCAGUGCUUUCUGCAAAGUGAACAAGUUCGAAAACGCCUACAAAGUUGUGGAUGAGAUGGACAAGAAGGGGGUGAGUCCAAAUUCAAGAACUUGCAACAUUCUCAUCAACAGCUUGAUUGGCCGUGGGGAGACUGACGAGGCAUUUAAGGUGUUCCGAAAGCUGUCUAGACUCUGUGACCCUGAUGCAGACACGUACACGAUGAUGAUCAAGAUGUUCUGCGAGCGAGAUGAGCUGGAGGUGGCUCACAAGGUGUGGAGGUAUAUGGAGAGGAAGCAGUUUGCUCCAAGCUUACACACGUUUUCGGCACUGAUCAAUGGGCUGUGUGACAAGGGUGAGGCCUCUAGGGCUUGCGUCUUGAUGGAGGAGAUGAUGGAACGAGGGAUUCGUCCGGGGAGGCACACGUUUGGGAAGCUGAGAAAGCUGCUUGUCAAGGAAGAGAGGGAAGAUGUAGCUGAGUUUUUGCAGGCAAAGAUGAAUCUCUUGGUCAAAGAACCGCUAUGUGAUUAAGAUGUACGAUUGUUUGCUUAACAAAGUUUCAAGAAAAUUAGUUUGUUACUUGUUAUAAUUAAUUAUUGUUUUCUUUUCUUUUUUUUACUUGA